UUAACCCUCUGAUUAAAUUCAGAGGAAGAGAUGCACAGCACGUAUACCUAGAUUACAGAGUUAGUGGUAUAACCAUCGUUAUUGUGAAACAUCUUUGCGUUAUUUAUGACAUUGCUAGUGAUAGUAAACUGAUUUGUAUCAUAUAUGUUGUCAGUAUUCUAUAGCCUGGUCAAUUCUUCAUGUUUUGUGUGAUGCAAAUUCAGCAUUAAAAAAGAAUAUGUUCCUUAACUACAGUCAACAUUGUUCAGCAUGCUCAUUAUGCUCACUAUUUUGACAAACUGUGUAUUUAUGACAUGGAAUAAACUUCCAGACUGGACAAAGAAUGUAGAGUACACUUUCACUGGAAUUUAUACUUUUGAAUUUCUGGUAAAAAUCCUUGCAAGAGGCUUCUGUAUAAAUGAUUUUACUUGCCUUCGUGACCCCUGGAACUGGCUUGAUUUUGUUGUCAUUUCCUUUGCGUAUGUAACAGAAUUUGUAAACCUAGGCAAUGUUUCAGCUCUUCGAACUUUCAGAGUAUUGAGAGCUUUGAAAACUAUUUCUGUAAUCCCAGGCUUGAAGACUAUUGUUGGAGCCUUAAUUCAGUCUGUGAAGAAGCUCUCAGAUGUCAUGAUUUUGACUGUGUUUUGCCUGAGUGUGUUUGCACUAAUAGGACUGCAGCUGUUCAUGGGCAAUUUGAAGAAUAAAUGCUUGUUAUGGCCAUCAAAAAAUUCAACGUCUUUUGAAAAAUACCUAGCUCCGUACUUUAAUGGUACAGUGUUUGAUUGGACGGCAUACAUUGAGAAUGAAAAUCAUUUCUAUCGCAUAGAAGGACAAAAGGAUUAUCUGCUUUGUGGCAAUAGCUCAGAUGCAGGUAAAUGUCCAGAAGAGUUUAUCUGUGUGAAAGCUGGUAGAAACCCCAACUAUGGAUAUACUAGCUUUGACACAUUCAGCUGGGCUUUCUUGUCACUGUUUCGACUGAUGACACAGGACUACUGGGAAAAUCUUUAUCAGCUGACGCUACGAGCUGUUGGCAAAACAUACAUGAUAUUUUUUGUUCUGGUCAUUUUUCUGGGCUCCUUCUAUUUGAUUAACUUGAUUUUGGCUGUCGUUGCCAUGGCCUAUGAAGAACAAAAUCAAGCAACUAUGGUUGAAGCAGAACAGAGGGAGGCAGACUUGCAGCACAUGCUUGAACAGCUGAGGAAGCAGCAAGAAGAAGCUCAGGCAAUAGCAGCAGCUGCAGCGGAGAUGACCGAGUACAGCGGUGAAAGUGGGAUUGAUGGACCCUCAGAUAGUUCUUCAGAUGCAUCCAAGCUUAGCUCAAAAAGUGCCAAAGAAAGGAGAAAUAGAAGGAAGAAAAGAAGGCAGAGGGAGCUCUCUGGAGAAGAGGAUGACAUGAAGGAUGAAAAGCUUCCAAAAUCUGAAUCAGAUGGCAGCAUCAGAAGGAAAGGUUUCCGUUUUUCUUUUGAUGGGAACAGACUUGCUUAUGGGAAGCCGUUCACAUCACCCCACCAGUCUUUACUGAGCGUUCGUGGCUCCCUGUUUUCUCCCAGACGUAGCAGCAGAACAAGUCUUUUCAGUUUUAGAGAAUAUGGAAGAGAGAUAGGAUCUGAAAAUGACUUUGCUGAUGAUGAGCACAGCACGUUUGAGGAUAAUGGGAGCAGAAGAGGUUCUCUCUUUUUGCCACGCAGACAUGGUGAACGCCGCAGUAGUAACAUUAGUCAGGCUAGUAGAUCAUCAAGAAAGCUGACAGUGUUUCCAGUGAAUGGGAAGAUGCACAGCACUGUGGAUUGCAAUGGGGUGGUUUCCUUAGUGGAUGGACCGCCACGUCUGUUGUCGCCUACUGGACAGCUUCUGCCAGAGGUGAUAAUAGAUAAACCAACAACCGAUGACUAUAGCACUACUACAGAAAUAGAAAUAAAAAAGAGGCGUGCAAGUUCAUAUCAAAUACCCGUGGAGUUGCUGGAGGAUCCCAGUUUAAGGGAAAGAGCCAUGAGUAUAGCUGGCAUUAUCACAAAUACAAUGGAAGAACUUGAAGAAUCCAGACAAAAAUGUCCACCUUGCUGGUAUAAGUUUGCCCACACUUUCUUAAUUUGGAAUUGUUGGGAGCCCUGGUUGAAAGUAAAGAAUGUAGUUGAAUCUAUUGUAAUGGAUCCACUUGUUGAUCUAGCUAUCACUGUUUGCAUAAUUUUAAACACACUGUUUAUGGCCAUGGAACAUUAUCCAAUGACUGACGAAUUCAGUAAUGUACUUAAAAUAGGAAAUCAGGUUUUUACUGGAAUUUUUGCAGCAGAAAUGGUUCUCAAGAUAAUUGCCAUGCAUCCUUUUUAUUAUUUCCAAGUUGGCUGGAAUAUUUUCGAUAGUUUUAUAGUUACCCUUAGUUUGGUGGAGCUUUUUCUGUCAAAUGUGGAUGGAUUAUCCGUUCUCCGAUCAUUCAGAUUGUUGCGAGUUUUCAAAUUGGCAAAAUCUUGGCCAACUCUAAAUAUGCUGAUAAAAAUUAUUGGUAACUCAGUGGGGGCUCUGGGGAAUUUGACGCUGGUGCUGGCCAUCAUCGUGUUCAUUUUCGCUGUGGUUGGAAUGCAGCUGUUUGGGAAAAGCUACAAGGAAUGUGUCUGCAAGAUCUCUGAGAACUGUGAACUUCCACGCUGGCAUAUGCAUGACUUUUUCCACUCUUUCUUGAUUGUAUUCCGAGUGCUGUGUGGAGAAUGGAUAGAAACGAUGUGGGACUGCAUGGAGGUUGCAGGCCAACCCAUGUGCCUUACUGUCUUCAUGAUGGUCAUGGUGAUUGGAAACCUAGUGGUAUUGAACCUUUUUCUGGCCUUGCUGCUGAGUUCAUUUAGUUCAGACAGCCUUUCUCCUACAGAGGAUGAUAAUGAAAUGAACAACUUACAGAUUGCUGUUGCAAGAAUUCAGAACGGAAUAGAUUACGUGAAGAAAAAAGCAGGUGAAUGUGUCCAAAAGUCUUGUUGCAGGAAACAAGCUGUUGUAAGUCAAAGAACAGCAACAGAUCAGUUGAAUGAUGAGAGAGACCAUUGCAUUUCCAACUGUACCAUCGCUGACAUAAGGAUAGAUACGAAUUAUCACAAAAAUGAGAAUGGAAUGGCCACUGUUAUAGGUGGCAGUGAUUAUACAUCAUUCAUAAACAACCCAAGCCUUACUGUUACAGUACCAAUAGCUGUUGGAGAAUCUGAUUUUGAACAUCUAAAUACAGAAGAGUUUAGCAGUGACUCAGAUUUGGAGGAAAGCAAGGAGAAGCUAAAUUUUUCCAGCUCAUCUGAAGGAAGUACAGUUAAUUUAGCUCUCUUUGGAGAAGAAAAAGCUGAAACUGAACCAGAAAAAGCAUCAGAGCUACAGGCAUGCUUUACAGAAGGCUGUAUACAGAAGUUUAAAUGCUGUAAAGGCAGUAUGGAAAGCACAAAAGGAAGAAUCUGGUGGAACCUUCGAAAAACCUGCUACAAGAUAGUAGAACACAACUGGUUUGAAACAUUCAUUGUCUUCAUGAUUCUUCUCAGCAGUGGUGCUCUGGCUUUUGAAGAUAUAUAUAUUGAACAGCGCAAGACUAUAAAAAUCAUACUGGAAUAUGCUGAUAAAAUCUUCACUUAUAUCUUUAUUCUGGAAAUGGUGCUAAAAUGGGUGGCCUACGGUUUUCAAACUUAUUUCACUAAUGCUUGGUGCUGGCUGGACUUCCUGAUUGUUGAUGUCUCCUUGGUUAGCUUAGUAGCUAAUGCCCUUGGUUUCUCAGAACUCAGUGCAAUUAAAUCCCUCCGAACAUUAAGAGCUUUGAGACCACUAAGAGCUUUGUCACGCUUUGAAGGCAUGAGGGUGGUUGUGAAUGCUCUUACUGGAGCAAUCCCAUCCAUUAUGAAUGUACUUCUGGUUUGUCUUACAUUCUGGCUAAUUUUCAGCAUCAUGGGAGUAAACUUGUUUGCUGGCAAGUUCUAUCACUGUGUUAAUACCACAACUGGUGAGAAAUUCUCACCAGAGGAAGUCAGUAAUGCAACUGUGUGUAAAAAUCUUAUGAUGACUUCUGUGGAUGUUCAGUGGAAAAAUGUGAAAGUAAACUUUGAUAAUGUUGGAGCUGGUUAUCUUUCUCUGCUUCAAGUAGCAACGUUUAAAGGAUGGAUGAACAUCAUGUAUGCUGCGGUUGAUUCUAGAGAAACAGAGAAACAGCCCAAGUAUGAGGACAACCUGUACAUGUAUAUUUACUUUGUUGCCUUUAUCAUCUUUGGAUCGUUUUUCACCCUAAACUUAUUCAUUGGUGUCAUCAUAGAUAACUUCAACCAACAAAAAAAGAAGCUUGGAGGUCAAGACAUUUUCAUGACAGAAGAACAAAAGAAAUAUUACAAUGCAAUGAAGAAGCUGGGAUCCAAGAAACCACAAAAACCUAUACCUAGACCAGCGAACAAAUUGCAAGGUCUGGUAUUUGAUAUUGUAACAAAGCAAGCAUUUGACAUCACCAUUAUGGUUCUCAUCUGUCUUAACAUGGUCACCAUGAUGAUAGAAACAGAUGGCCAGGGUGAACUGAUGCAAAAUAUUUUAUACUGGAUUAACUUGGUCUUUGUUGUUCUUUUCACUGGAGAAUGUGUCCUCAAACUGUUCUCACUCCGUUAUUAUUACUUCACCGUUGGCUGGAAUAUUUUUGAUUUUGUGGUUGUUAUUCUUUCAAUAGUAGGUAUGUUUCUAGCUAAGGUGAUUGAAAAGUACUUUGUGUCCCCCACUUUGUUCAGAGUUGUACGACUUGCCAGAAUCGGUCGAAUCCUGCGUCUCAUUAAAGGCGCUAAGGGAAUCCGCACUCUGCUUUUUGCUUUGAUGAUGUCUCUUCCUGCUUUGUUCAACAUUGGUCUGCUGCUGUUCCUGGUCAUGUUUAUCUAUGCGAUAUUUGGCAUGUCCAACUUUGCCUAUGUUAAGCAGGAAGCUGGUAUAGAUGACAUGUUCAACUUUGAAACGUUUGGCAACAGCAUGAUCUGCCUAUUUCAAAUUACCACAUCUGCUGGCUGGGAUGGUUUGCUAGACCCAAUUCUUAACAGUGGGGAGCCAGACUGUGAUCCCCAUAAAGAUCAUCCGGGGAGCUCCGUUAAAGGCGACUGCGGCAAUCCUUCCGUUGGGAUUUUCUUCUUUGUCAGCUACAUUAUCAUAUCGUUUCUGGUAGUGGUGAACAUGUACAUUGCUGUGAUUUUGGAGAACUUUGGUGUUGCUACUGAAGAAAGUGCUGAACCCUUGAGUGAGGAUGACUUUGAGAUGUUCUAUGAAGUCUGGGAAAAGUAUGAUCCAGAUGCAACACAAUUCAUAGAAUAUAGCAAAUUGUCUGAUUUUGCAGCUUCUCUGGAUCCUCCUCUUAAUAUACCAAAACCAAACACAAUUCAACUUAUUGCAAUGGAUCUGCCCAUGGUAAGCGGUGACAGAAUUCACUGCCUUGACAUCUUGUUUGCUUUCACAAAGCGUGUUUUGGGGGAAAGUGACGAGAUGGAUGCCCUCAGAAUACAAAUGGAAGAACGUUUUAUGGCAGCCAAUCCUUCAAAAGUCUCCUAUGAACCAAUUACAACUACGUUAAAACGAAAACAGGAGGAAGUGUCCGCUACGAUCAUUCAGCGUGCUUAUAGACGUUAUCUUUUAAGACAGUCAGUAAAGAAACUUUCGUUUAUGUACCGGAAAGAUGGGGUUGAUCUGCUUAUCAAAAAAGAUAUGAUUAUUGGUAAGCUAAGUGAAAACUCACCUCCAGAGAAAAUGGAUAUGUCUGCAUCCACCACAUAUCCACCUUCUUAUGACAGUGUAACAAAACAAGAAAAAGAAAAAUAUGAUGAUGAUAAAUCAGAAGACAAGGGGAAAGACAGAAAAGGAAAUAAAAAGUAAAAGAUAAAGAGGUUGUCCGUGGUGAAUGUUCACAAGCCUGAGAAGAUGACAUUUCUAUCAAUAGCACUCUUAUUGGAAGACUACGCCAAAAUGACAAGUUUUUACAUAUUUACCCACUGCUACAGUCAGUGCCUAUACCAAGAUAAUGACCCUUCACUAGCAAACGCUCAGUCUGUAACAGGGAAGCGACCUUGCAGAAGCAUAGUUUUUAUCAUCAGCUGGCACUAAUGGAGAGGAGACACAAGAUUUCAACUUGGACUGUAGGAACCCUUAACGGAGUGCAAAAUUACCAGUCGUAGUAAGUCUGUAUUUUUGUGGAAUAAGUGUAUGCACUGUGUACAUUUCAUCUCCUACGUAUGUUCUAUGUGUGUCAAUUUUUUUCAUGAUCUCAUUUGCUUUAAUUCACAUACUGCUACAAAUGCCAAAUUGUGCCUACAGGGAAUUACUGAAAUAAAAAAAGUGGUAGUCUUUUUUCUUUUUUUAACUGUAGACCCUGUAAUUUCAUGAGUAGCUUCCAUACUUCAUUAGAAAGUCUGUUUCUAGACUUCUUAUUUCAUAUGAGUAUAUCCCACUUAGGACAAUAAUCAAAGCUACAGGUAUAAAUUGAUAGCAAAAUACCUUUGGGGACAAAUACUACCUUAAUGUAUACCUCAGAUUUAAGUUUCCAUACUGUGGAAGGAUGGGUCAUGCCAGCAACACAAAAUACAUCCAUCAGAGGUGGUUUUGACCCCCCCAUGGUACUUUAGUCAGGUUUCCACUGUAUGUAAUGCAAUCUUCUGUAGAAAACUGAGAUGACUGAAAGGAUGUACUUAAAUCACCUUUAUCCUGCAUUGUGAUUUAGAUUACUUUUUUUAUCAUCAAGGCUGACACUAUAUAUGUAAGUAAAAUAUCCUCUGGUAUUUAAUCAAUUGUUUUACACAGUGAUACCUGUUUGAACAAAGAGACGAUGACCUAAGUACUGUAUUUAUUGCAUCACAUAUGUACCCUAGUAAGUGUAGCUUAUAACAUUUCAACACAUAAUAUGAUAUAUUCUGUAAUACUGCAAAUAAUUGGGAAGCUUUAACUGAUGCAUGCUUGCUGCUAUUAUCCUACAGCUAUUAAAAUCUAAGAUGGGAAGGCAUGUGAGUGGUAAAAAGAAAAAAAACUAUUCGAUGAGACCAUCAUUCCUCAUACCAGUAAGCAAUAGUUUGCUGCCAUUAUAGAUUUUAUUUUGUUUGAGUUUUGUAAUCAGCAAAUAUGCAGUAAAUAACCAGACUACACAGGACAAAUAUAUUGGGGCUAGAAAAAAAACUUUUAUAAUAUAUAUCUAUUGAUCUAUUCUUGUUAUUUUGAAAAUAGUUUUAUUUUAUAACAUUUUAUACUUAUUACAAGAAACUACACAUAUCUUCAUGUUGCUAGUAAUUUUUACUGCUGUCUAUCUGUGACACUUUACUGUUGGGAAACCUAAGAUACAAUGUGAAUUGGUAAUUGCAUAUUUUAAUAAGGAAUAAUUUUAAAAGAAAUGGACAGUACAGUUCUUUUUUGGAUCAGUAGGUAGGUCUUUGUAUGUGAAACAAGAUAGAAGGGUUUCUUUUGAAAUUAUAAUCCUGUCUGUCAAUUUUCAGGGUGAUCUUAGUCAUAGAAACAUUGCUUUUCCCCAGUGUUAGUCUCGCACUGUCUGCUUUUCUGGUUGAUUCAUAUUGCAGUAGAAGCGCUUUAAAUAUAAUUUGUUGUUCAACAUCUUUCUUCAUCAGAAUGAAUAGUGAACUUGUGCAAUGGACAGUGGAAUACCUUGCAUUUCUUACACAAGAACUAGAAUAUAGAUGGGCUCCUGCUUUUAUAGAAACUAUUGGCUCAUAGCGUACUGAUGAACUGCAUGCAGGAAGUUGUUUUACCAAAAAUAACUACAUUGCUAACAACCCAAAACAAUAAAGAUGACCUUUUUAUGUA